GGGAAAAGAGCCGGGAGAGAGGUGGGCUGGGACGAGGGCAGGGGCACGGCCGGGCUCCUGGCCGGCCAAAGGAGGCUCGCGGAAGCACCAGCCGCCGCCCGACCGCAGCUGGAUUUUGAAGAUUGAUCCAAGGGACUGUAUUAAUUGCAGGAAUUGAUUUGAAAGACACUGGCUCUGCCACUUAACAGCCAUGUAAACUUGGAUAUGGAAGAAAGCAGCAGUGUUGCCGUGUUGGUGCCAGAUAUUGGGGAACAGGAAGCCAUACUGACUGCGGAAACUGUCAUCAGCCCGUCAUUGGAAAUUGAUGAACAAAGAAGAGCUAAAACAGACCCAUUAAUCCAUGUGAUCCAGAAAUUAAGCAAGAUAGUGGAACAUGAGAAGUCACAAAAAUGUCUUUUAAUUGGGAAAAAGCGCUCACGUUCAAGUGCUGCCCCACGCUCUCUUGAAGCCCAAGAACUUUGUGAGAUUCCAGCUAAAGUAACCCAGUCACCUGCUACUGAUAUUAGAAGACUUGAAAUCCCGCAAACAAAUUUUAUUCCUGACUCUUUUGCCCAGAAUGAUGGGAAGGUGAUGUCUUAUCAGUGUAGCCUUUGUAAGUUCCUAUCAUCUUCUUUCUCUGUGUUGAAAGAUCAUAUCAAGCAGCAUGGUCAGCAGAAUGAAGUGAUACUGAUGUGCUCAGAGUGCCACAUUACAUCCAAAAGCCAAGAGGAACUUGAAGCUCAUGUGGUCAACGACCACGAAAAUGAUGCCAAUGGUCAUGCCCAGUCCAAAGCCCAGCAGUGCAUCAGCCCCUCCAAGUCUUUGUGUCAGAGAGUCAUUGAAAGAAAUAAGGAAAGCAUUCCUGACGUCCCAGUGAACGUGGGCAAUCCACCAACUGCGUCCGUGGCAGAAAUGGGUAGGAGGAAAUGGUAUGCGUAUGAGCAGUAUGGCAUGUAUCGAUGCUUGUUUUGUAGCUACACUUGUGGCCAGCAGAGAAUGUUGAAAACACAUGCUUGGAAGCAUGCUGGGGAGGUUGAUUGCUCGUAUCCAAUAUUUGAAAAUGAAAACGAGCCUCUAGGCUUGCUGGAGUCUUCAGUGGCUGCUGCACCUAGUGGGGUCGAUGCAGUAGUCAUCGCUAUUGGCGACAAUGAGCUGAGUAUCCACAAUGGGCCUUCGGUUCAGGUGCAGAUUUGCAGCUCAGAGCCAUUAUCGGCUUUAUCUCCUUUAGAAAAAAGCGCAGGAGGGGCAGUGCAGCUAAGUCAAUCAGUUGCCCUUGAUCCUAGUGAGGAAGAAAUGCUGGAGGUGAUUUCUGAUGUGGAGGAGAAUCUGAGUGCUGAUAGCCUACUUUCAUCAGCGCAGAAAAUCAUCAAUAGCAGCCCUAAUAAAAAAGGUCACGUUAACGUGAUAGUGGAGCGGUUACCAAGUGCUGAAGAAGCUCUUUCACAGAAACGUUUCCUCAUGAAUGCUGACAUUGAGGAGGGAAAAAACCUGAGCCCUACAGAAGCCCAGAUGGGGUGUGGAGGAACAGACGAUGUUUAUCAUGCCGAUAAGUGUACUGUUGAUAUUGGGGAGUUGAUCAUAGGCUGGAGCACUCCAGAGAAGAAAGAUGGCGAGUUAGUAAGUAAAGGCCUGGGAACUGAUGAGAAUGCUCCACCAGGCCGGAGAAGGACAAACUCUGAGUCUCUCCGACUGCACUCAUUGGCUGCAGAAGCCCUGGUCACAAUGCCUAUAAGAGCUGCAGAGCUAACACGAGCCAACCGUGGCCACUAUGGGGAUAUAAACCUUUUAGAACCAGACACUGGCCAAAGGCAGGUAGAUAGUACCUUGGCAGCGUAUUCUAAGAUGCGGUCGCCACUUAAAAACUCCUCAGAUGGAUUAACCAGUUUUAACCAGGGCAACUCUACUUUGGUAGAGCUCCCAGAAGAUAGGCAGGAAUUGUCAGUUGGGCACGUUAAGACAGGCAUCAGCAUGUCCUUACUGACUGUCAUUGAGAAAUUGAGGGAAAGGACAGACCAGAAUGCCUCCGAUGAUGACAUUUUGAAAGAGCUGCAGGAUAAUGCCCAGUGCCAGCCCAACAGUGAUCCGAGUUUGUCAGGAAGCAGCGUGGUGGAAUACAUCCCUAACUCCGAGCGCCCCUACCGGUGCCGCCUGUGUCACUACACAAGUGGUAACAAGGGCUACAUCAAGCAGCACUUACGAGUCCAUCGUCAGAGACAGCCAUAUCAGUGUCCUAUCUGUGAGCACAUAGCCGACAACAGCAAAGAGUUGGAGAGCCACAUGAUCAACCACUGUAAAGCAAGAAUAUACCAGUGCAAGCAGUGUGAUGAGUCUUUUCAUUAUAAGAGUCAACUGAGGAAUCAUGAGAGAGAGCAGCACAGCCUUCCAGAUACCUUGUCGAUAGCAACUUCUAACGAGCCAAGACUCUCCAGUGAUACAGCUGAAGGGAAAUGUGUGCAGGAAGGGAAUAAGUCUUCAGUCCAGAAACAGUAUAGAUGUGAUGUCUGUGAUUAUACAAGUACAACAUAUGUUGGUGUCAGAAACCACAGACGAACCCAUAACUCUGAUAAGCCAUACAGAUGCUCUUUGUGUGGGUAUGUAUGCAGCCAUCCUCCUUCUUUGAAGUCUCAUAUGUGGAAGCAUGCAAGUGACCAAAAUUAUAACUACGAACAAGUCAACAAGGCUAUUAAUGAUGCAAUUUCACAAAGUGGCAGAGUUCUAGGGAAAUCCCCUGGAAAGACUCUAUCAAACAGCAAUGAAGAGAGAACCGAUCCUAUCACCAGAAGUUCAGAAAAUUUGGUGGCAUCCUCAGAGCUGAUUUCCCAGGCUCCCAGCGAAGCUGUAGGUCCCAACGAGAGUGAGAAACUGAGCCCAACAAGUAAUACCUCAUGUAGUUUAGAAAAGAACUCCAGUCUGGCCCCUCCUGGUAUGGAGUAUUGCGUUUUACUCUUCUGUUGUUGUAUUUGUGGUUUUGAGUCAACCAGCAAAGAAAAUCUCUUGGAUCAUAUGAAAGAGCAUGAGGGUGAAAUUGUAAACAUCAUCCUAAACAAGGACCACAACACAACUCUAAACACAAAUUAGAUGAAAUAAUUACUUGAAGAGGGAAAAGUUAGAAGAUUCCUUUAAACAACAGUUUUGCCUUUGCGUUAAUGUCAAAUAAUGUACUAGACAAAGAAGAAAUGGUGUGAUUUUUGAGGAAAUGACAGAGAUGACUUUGGAAACAAAUCUGUAAUGUAAUGAAAGGAAUUCCAGAUGGGUAGGUGGUAUAUAUUUUGAUUGAAGGGAAGUAGGUUGAGGAGGAAGCAAAAAUGUAACCCUAUAUUAACCUUCUGUCACUCCUUCUUAAUACUGAGUAUAUUUAUUGUUAAAAGCUUAUUAUAGUGUAGACAUGCAAGCAGGAGUUAAGAGUGGGCUUUCAGGAUCUAUUCUAGAACUUACUAUUACAAAAGUGUCACAAUUUUAAGCAGAGGUUAGUUUUCUUCAUUCUCAGUUUUGACAUGCCAACUCUAGAAUGACAGGCCUCUUGUGAAAAAUGGGAGGUAGCUCUCUAAGGGGUUUUUUUCCCCCACCCCCGGUAUUACAGAGUCAACAAGAAAACACACUGCAGAGGGCUUUGAAAUUAUCUACCUAAAUUUUGCCCUAAAUUGAUAGGAAUUAAUCAUAAACUUAAUCUAGGAUAUGUUCUUUUACUCCUUAAAAACGAAAGAAAAAAAAGCUCUGUAAAUCCAAAUCUGGAUUGUAAAUAGGCAUUUAAGAAUUAAAUUAGUCUUAAUUAAAUUUACAAUGAAUUCCAGUGGGCAAAGGAGGAAGUCGGUGAAUUCCUACCAGACUUAAGCCAAAUCUCAAGUUUCAUACACAUGACACCUCACCGAGGGCAGCACACUUCUCAAAGGCUUCGUCGGCGUGUUUGUCAGAGCACUAUGUAUUUUCUCAGUAGUACGUAAAAUGCAUCCUCUCUUCUAAGCUAGACCAGGCUUGUUAUCUGAAAAAAGUCUGUUAAAGCAAACAAAAAAGUAAAAUUUGCACUUCAUCAUCAGACCUUGAAAAUAGUUUGAAUUCUAAAAUAAUUUGGGGUGACGAGGACUGGAAUUCCAUGUCUCCUUAAAAUCAGUACUGCUAUUGAGAUUUUUCUUCCCAGAGUUGAGUAGCCUAGUUACAUUUAACACAAGAGGAAUAAACAAAUACAGUAAGAAUUCAGAUUGUUUAUGAAAAUUUUAAUAACAGCAUUUGGCAAGACUACAGGAUUUCUCCUAUCUAGAAAAUUCCAUUUUGUUAAAGUACAAAUAGGACAUGGAAACUCAACUUCAAAAUGCUUUAGCAUUAAAACUUGCCAUCAAAUAGAUAUAAUUUUUUCCUCGUUCAUUAAACAUUUUGUAUUAUAAUGUAUUUCAGAGUAGAGAGAACAGGGCUUUUGUUUUGGUAGUUGUGAUCGUGUAUUUAUGCCAUGACCUUGUCAGAGAAAGCUCUGCCUACAAGUCAGAAGGCUGGUGCGCCUGUCAGCGCAUCUCCUCAUGGUGGUGUUUCUGAACUUGAUUUCUAACAGCUUCCACAGUGAGGCUGUGGCUCUGGUCAGUUUGGAACAUGGAAGAGAGUUUUAGAAUGGGAUACUCUGUAGACACAUUUUAGGAAAGAAUUCUGUUCCCAAAGUCCAGAUAUGAAUUGAAUAAAUGAACAUUUUUAAGAUAGUGUCAGGGAACUAUUAAGUGGGUCAGGCAUCUUGAAACAUUGAUUUGUUUUUUAAUCUUAUUUUGAUAUUUAAACAAAAAGGAUUAUAACUUACAGCUCAUUAAUCUAGGUAGCUUUAAUUUAUUUAUGAAAGUUAAUCUGUUUUUUUGUUUUUUAAAAGAUAAAAUGAAUUUAUAUAUGCUAAAUUAUAUUGCCCAAAUUCACUGUGUGUGGAUUUAUAUUCAUUUUCUCCUGUUUUCAGAACUGAAAUGUAUUUAAUUCCAAAUUCAAAUAAAAUAUUUUAAAUGGUUCUAUUAUCAUUUGUAUUGUUGCCACUUGUAGGUAAAUUUUUCCGUUGCUGGUAAUUGUGACUCAGUAUUUCUAUGUAAAAAGCCGUUAUUUUAAAAAUUAACAAUCUUAGAAGAAUUUUGUUUUAUAAACUUGCCCUCAGCGUUAAUUUUAUGUGCAAUGAUUUGGAAAUGACUAAUAGCCAAAAAACACCCAAAAUCUUUAAAACAGUGUGAAUUUUUAAAUUGUCUUUCCUCAUUUCCUUAAACCACUUUUCGUUGAAUAUUACUUAAAUUUUCAUUUGGAAUCAUGGAUGUCAAAUUUCCCUAGCUGUGGGAAAAAAUUUUAACCCAGAAGUUCAGAGCCUUUAAACUUUGAUCUGCUUGAGACCUAGAAUGUCCUCAGAAGCUUUUCCUCGCCUGUAGGAGGAACUAUGCCAAGAAUGUUCUACACCUUCCCCUUACUGUGUUUUGGCCAGCCUUAAGAGUCUACCGAGAACAAUUGAGUAUUUCUAAAACAGUGAAGACUAAAUAUGCAGCUGUAAUUGGCAGAAGAGAUAGGUAUUAAAAUAACCAGGAGGAAUCCCCUUUACAGGAAUAAAUUUUUAUUGGCCCGCAACCUUUUAUCAUACAAAGCUCAUACUCAUUGUUUUUUCUGCCCUGGACACUUACAGUUCUGAGAUCUGAUGUGAAAAUGGUUUUUGAAAAAGGAAACCCACCAGAUAAAGGUGGGGAAGAGGACUUAUUCUGAUCAUUAUGAAUAAUGUUAUGCAGGGCUGUGUCAUUUUUUACCCUUCUCUGAAAAUCCAGGCUGUGAUGAAUGUCCCGAAUGUAUCUGUAAGACCUUGAAGUUCUGUGGCCAGCCAGCAAGUGCAGUGCAGUGACACUGACUGAAGCCUUUGUUGGAAACCUUUCACCCUAUUUGAGGUAGCUGUUGGUGGCUUCGUAAUUAUUUUGUAUUUUUCUCACAAACCAAGUGGUAGGCAUCCAUGUUUACAUUGUAUCUUCUGCAAUGUACUUGGCUUGACAAAGACAAGCAGGCUUCUCUAUUAAGACGUAUUAUAUUUUUAGUUUUCAUAGACACUUAUUUAAUCUUUUGUUUUUUACUGUACAGCAGGGUGCUCUAAGUAAUGUUCUAUGAAAUAUAUUUAACAGAAAUUUGAGUUUGGUAUUCAUGGACAUGAGUACAUGUAUUUUUUUAAGACAUAAGUAUUGUGUAACACUAUGACAUUGCUUCUAUAGCCAAAGUAUAAAACUUCCGGAACACUGACAUGUAAAGACUACAGUUAAUCCUGACAUUGUAUCUUAUUAAAAUAGGAUGAUUUGCAUUCUGUAAAAUUAUCCUGUACAUCAAGCUGCAUGCCUUAAAGCCUAAAACUCUCAGAUUGUGUUCAAGGUAGAACAGUAUACCUGUUCAGAACAGUCAAGCCAGGUGAUAGCGCUUCUCUAACUACCUUUGCAAAUACUGUACGAUGUUAGAAUAAUUUAUUUUGCUUUACAGGAGUUUGUCAUGUAUUGACUUUAAUAUUGUAUUUUGGUAAUAAAUUUUUUUGUUAAAAACAUUUGCCUCUAAGUUUUAUUACAAAAUUUUAUGCCCAUUCUUUUCUUGGGAAUGUUGAUUUAAUCACUUAGAAAAACUCAUUGCCGUGGAGUUGAUUCCAACUCAUAGCGACUUUAUAUGACAGAGUGACACUGCCCAUUAGGGUUCCCAAGGAGCAACUGGUGGAUCUUAAGUCCCAGCCUUCCGGUCAGCAGCCAAACGCUUAACUACUACACCACCAGGGCCCCAAUCACUAAGUUGCGUUUAAACCAUUAAGUUUCCCAAGAGUUGGCAAUUUGUUAAACUACUGCUGACUAGCAUUAAUCUGUGUUACACAAGAUAACAAAAAGAAAAAUUUAGAUUUUUUAAAAAAUCUUUUAAAAUUCAGUCUAAUUUUGAAGCUUUCAUCCUUGAUACACAAGUUCAUUUUAUCUUCCAAAUCACAUUGGUACAUGCUUUCAAUUCCAGUGUAAUCAAAAUGCUAAAAACUAGUUGAUACUUGGCUAAUGUCAAUUAGCAUUCUUUACUGAAGGCCAAAGAUUCACCUUGAUCAUUUUGUGGUCUGCAUCAAGGGCUUUCUGACAUGAGAUGUGUUGUAUGCCCUAGAAUCCUCGGCCACUUGGCUUAACUUGACGGAGACCAAACUUUGGUUCCCAACAACCGUAAUCUCUUGCCCUAUGCUCCCCUGGGGCAACAUAGUCAUGUCCCUUAUCUUUUAAGAACCAGAUCUCAAUACUGUGUCACUAAACCUCAGAUUAGUUUUAGAAAUCCCAGCAUGGGCAGUCUAGGAUGUCACUGUCCAACAUGGUAGCCACUGUCACAUGUGCUAUUGAGCACUUGACAUACAGUUACUGUGCUGUAAAAUACCAGUUUCGAAGACUUAGUACAAAAAAUGAAAAGUAUCUCAGUUUUUUUAAUAUUGAUUACAUGUUGAAGUGAUAUAUUGGAUUUAAAUAUUAGAAUUAGUUUCACCCAUUU